CUCAUUCCUGUAGAGAACACUGCGUCUCUGGAUUGGAUCAACCAUAUGUACCGGUAUCAUACCCAGGAAUCUUCAACAAGCGAACCGUCUACAUACGACUCACUCGUCUCACAGACUCCAGACACCGCAGAGCAUGUAUUUCGCCCGUCAGAUCCUAUCCAAGCCAUAGUUACAUAUCAUGCCCUUUUCACCCGCGCGCGUUCCGAACAAAGCAUGGUUGGGGUUUGGGUUGGCGUGCGCAGUGAGAAGUUUGUUUUGAACUCACCCCUGGGCCUGCUUUGACGGAUCUCCUCCCGGAAACAUGGCGUUCAAUGUUCCCAACAACAACUGGCUCUUAGUACUCUACAUACUGGCCACUGGUAAAUGGUUAGUGGCACCGCUGGUAACUGCGGCAAGCAAGCAAAAGAUGGCGGUGAAGGGGAAGGGGAAGCCCAAGGGGAAAGAAAAGGGUCAAGAACUCAGAAGCAGGGGAAAGGAGUUGGCAAACAGGCAGGCAGGUAGGCAGGCAGGCUCGCGGGUUCAUUCAUCUCUCACUCUAUGUAGAGUAGAUACCGUACCCUUUCCCGUGUGUGUGUGUGCUUACUCGCCCCGCCACCACAAAAACAUACCGUAGGUAGAUACCGGUAUGUAUACGGUAUUCCUGCCUGGGGCGGCGGGCGCGAGGCGUUGGACCGGGGGACGAGGGACGGAACGCGGCCAUACAUAACUAUUCUCUUG